GAAUCAGUAUAGAGUAGAGUGUCGUGUAGGGCGGACGUAACUAUAUAAUUGAUCGGGUUUUGUUUCCCUUCUGGCCAAAAGGGGGUUGUUUCAUCUGUUCUGGACUAGUGAAAUACAGUGAAUAUCUGAGAUCGAAACAAAUCGAGUAUAAAUAAUCUACAAAAAGUGGUUUAAAUAGGCCAUAAUGGCGAAAAAAGUUUGCUGAAUUUGGGAUACAUUGAUCUGCCAGAGAGGUUUAACAAGCGUGUAUAUGUGUGUACAUCUUGUAAAUGUGUGUAAUACAGAGUGAUUUAUAUUGCAGUCCAGUGCACUAAGAAAGGGUUACUCAGCUUCCUUAUAGUGUGUAGGUGGAACACAAAUGUCUUUCUGACUGAAAAAAAUAGCAAGAUGACUACGAACGUAGUUAGCUUUACGCUAACAAUACUAGCCUUAACAUUGGUCACAUAUGACGUCACUGCCCAAUCUAACUAUGCAUCCCAUGCCAAUAGUAUCGAAUAUCAGGGUGAAGGAUUACCUGAGGAAGCAACGCUUGACGGAAAGGUAACAAAACUCGACGAUCUCAGCCCUAUCAUAUUUUUAAACCGCACAAAGGCAGCGUUAAAUUGUGCAGCAGGUUCUAUGCAAGUAGAGCUGAAGUUCAACGAACACUUUUUUGGAACUGCCUACGCAAACUUUGACAGAAAUAGUGCGUGUCAAAUAACUGGUAAAGGCGAAACUAGCUACAGCAUCGAGCUGCCUUUAAAAGGAUGUGGGACCAAACAGGAGCCCCAGCGAGUAUUCACAAACAACAUCGUUGUUCGAUUUCAUCCAGGACUCGAGAUGGAUGGCGAUGAAAUUAUCACAAUUGUUUGUCGUUAUCCACCCCCAGUAGCUCCUGUUCCCGCUGGUUUACCCGCGCCUAUAUUGACAAAUAUCGUUCCUGCAUCUAUUUUGGAACCACCUUUGAAAGGAAUUCAAAUUCUUUUCAUCAUUUGUGCGAUUAUGUUCCUAACAUUAUUGCUCAUCGGUUUGGGUGUAUCCUAUUAUUGCUUACGAAGACAACCACUGCCUAUUGUACGGAGAGUGGUUCAUGUUGGAAGCGGAUCUGAAAUCACUGCACUUGAAACUGGCAGCAUAGGAAGCAUAUCAGGACUGAAGAUACCACAAGUACAUACCGCUUUGCACCAAACACGAAGCAUUUCUGGAAGUGAUGGCCCUCUGAUUCCAUCGGACUACCCGAGUGAAUCACACUCAGAAAAUGAGGAAGUAGAUACUGGAUCUUUGCCUGUCAGUUCACAUGGCAGCUAUGAAAAUGGGGCUUUUGUUCAGGACUCAUCCAGUAUCUAUAGUGAAAAUUAUGGCCAAACCCAAGAUAUACGCACUAUUGAAACUUGUGAAGCUUCUCCAAAGUUUGACAUCCACGUGCGAGUAAAACGCACACCACCUCCUUUACCGUCACCACUAACAUCUGACACUGAAAGUAAUACGACCAUCAGCCGUAUAGAGAGAAACAACCUUUCCACGAUAUUGGAGUCCCACGAAGAUGCCAGAAGCGACAGCGUACUAACAUUCGAAUCGUUGCAAGAAGCCGGACAUACUCAAUUCACUUAUACCCCUGAGCUGCAUACAGUUCCUAAACACAUCCAGCAAGCACCUGUUGUUUCUAAAAUUGCUAGAAAUCAGCAGCAAUAUAUUCAACGUGAUACUUGGCCAGAAAACUAUGUGGAUGGCCCUCAAGCAUCUUCCUCCCGUAGCAUUGUUUCAUUAGGCACAGAAAUGACCGAUACACACUCAAUGACUGAAAUAGUUGACUCCUCGCACUUGUACCCAGCUAACUAUCGCAAUAUGGUUGACUUGAAAUAUACAAAUAACCUUCUUGAACCACCCGUUAGCCCUAUUAAAAAGAAUGAAAUAUCAUCCCAUGUUAUAGAUGACGUGUUCAUGCAAACAGUUACUGAAAAGACAACCAUCGAAGACAUCGAGAAACAUAAACGGAUGGUUACGGAGUACAAAGCUAAACCAGUUAUCGACCCCAACUGGGAUGUUACCAUUAGAAAUUAUCAAGAAAAUUCUCAACCAGAGUGGGAAGACUUUUCGGACGUUUCUAGUGCAUCUGGUAUGACUAUUCCACACUCCGUGCCUACACAAAUGACCGUUCCGACAUCAACCUAUAUUUCCGAAAACGAUGUUAUGCUCCAAAGUCCCGAGCUGGUCGGUAAUAUGAAACCAAUUGAACUUCCCCCUGAAGAUAAGACCGUUUCCAAUUGGGACGUACUGAUUAGAGUGUUGCAAGAUGUAGAAAUUCCGGACAUCGCCGUUACCACUGCGACCCUUCAAAGCAGCCGUGCCCCAGUACCACUUACAACUCAACUCAGCUAUGAGGAUAAGGCUAAAUGGAAGCAAAUCAUCACUACCGAAUCCACGCUCAGGACAAUGCUUACGGAAGCAGUUGUACGAGAAGACUUCGAACGCAUCCGAUCUGACGCACGCUACGAAAAAUUAUUCGAACCUCAAUCGUGGGAAAUUAUAAUGCGCAUCCUCACUCCUCCCGAUGAUGUCGAGCUCCGACGUUCGAAACGCAAGAAGCGAGAAACAUGGGACACUCGCUCACGUAGGAGCUCCCUUCCUACUUUAUAUGAAUACGAUAGUGACGGAGGGUCAUCGGUACGAACUAUCACACAAGAUCCGAUAGUUGUGACCACGCAACACAGAGACAGCUAUGAAAGCUCUAGACCUCGCUCAAGGAAAACUUCCCGUUCUUCGUAUAGCUCCAACAACGUUGAUUACCGUUCGAUGACUGAAAUGACUGUUGAUUUUGCGAAAUCGAAAUAUCCCGAUAGUUAUUCUGACGGAAGCUCAUAUUCAGCGCAUCCGUAUUAUGAAGAUGACCAGUACGACCACCGUUCAAUCCAACGCUCUUCCAGCCAUCCCAGUCUUGCUAGAUCUGCUAGUGAAUUCACUGAGAGAUGGAUCGCGCCCGAAGAAAUUGACUCAUCAACCCCGGAAGUUAGUCCACAGCUAACACGACGUGACAGAAAUUUAAUGGUACACUCUAACGUUGCUCAAAUGGGAGAUAACCGUCAAAUUAUCCACGAGAGCCAAACGCAGUACAUUGAAACCAGAAAAACUAACUACAGAACAAAUCGAGAUGAUGAAUGGUAAUGUAAGGAAGAGAAAAUUAUCCAGAAAUAGAGAAUUAGCAACGUGGUUAUCGAAAAGUGCCAAUAGUAAUAUCUACGCCUCGAAUAAGUUUUAACUCGAAAUUUACUAACACACAAACGCGUUAUCAAACCAUAUAACUAAUGACAAGGAACUAAACCGAAUUUGGUAGUAAUACCUACGCAUCCUUAUGAUCGAAAAGAGCACAUUUUAGAUCAUUAAUAUGUCACUAUAAUGAAUGAUUCACAUUUUAUUAGCAUCUGUCUUUUUGAAAGUAUAUUAUUGUUCUAUGAUUCAUGAAUGAAUAGGAGUUUUACUGUCUAGAAGAAGUAACCAGAAUAUAGAAGAAACUUGAAAUGUAUUGGAUUGUUUUAGCCAUUCAUUAAAAGCAAUUUUUAAAUAAGUUUUUAGAUAUGGUAAAUAAUGAGGUGAUGCUUAAAAGUCUAAUAUUUUAGUGUAUUACUGUGUAUUACUGUGACAAGCAGAGUGGAUUUAAAAGUACAUUUUUCAAUUGACUAAGUAUAUCAACAUAUUUUUAUGUAUCACAAACAUAAGUGAAAGAUCUGCAUAAAGGCAACACUGUAUGUUUAUUAUGUCAUUUUUGACAUAUGGUCAAAUUUGUCCAAACUCACCGCACUGCCUAAACUUGUUUGUAACUGCCAAACAGAUUUGUGUUUCUGCCCUAUAAGACAUUUAUUAUUAUUUGAAUAAGUGCCUUGAACACACAAAAUUGGUCCCUAGGAUAGAGCUAUCCAUGUUAAUUGGAACUUACACAUCAUUUUUGCAUCCAGCAAUUCGGAAACAUUUUUUGAAUAACUUAUGAGAUGUUAUAAAGUCUAAAUCUAUAUUGAUUAAACUACCGUCAAAUGCAUUUUUGUCCUAUGUUCCAUUGAAUAACGUCCAAGAACUUUCAAACUGUAAACCAAUCUAGGAAAUGUCCUUGAAUAAAACUAUGAGGAUCAUUCGAUAACAACCCAGUGAACUUUUUGAUCUAAGGAUGUUUGCAUACGAUAGUUAGCUUUUAUCAUAUCGACAACAUACCAUUAAACGAUCAUCAUUAUACUUAAGCAUCUGUAUAAAUUCUGUUGUUGGUACAAUCAAAUUGAACAUGAGCUCAGAAUGGCUCGAAAGACGUAAUGAUUUGACAUACGAAAUCUGACAUGAAAUCUGAAGGAAAAAGUCAGCUUCCAUCAAUUAUGAUAUCUGACCAUUGGGGAACCAUCGUUCAGGCGUAUUUACACGCGAGUCAUGAUGAAUACAAGAUAUUUUAUAGUACAUAGUACUUGAUAGAGAAACAGUUUUUACUCUCAAAGCCUGUAUAAUAACAGUUUUAAAAAUCCGUACUACCCAGUGUUAAACAAAGACGGUUUUAAUUACAUCAAUCGUGUUUAAAAACCAUGCCAGUAACUAACGCGUUCGACUUGUGUACAAUGUAAUGUUUUCAAAUUAUGUGAUUAUUUGGUUGAAAAUCUAUGAGAUUUGAGAUUACACUUGUUUCCUUUGAAAAUAUGCUGCGCAUUGACAAGCUUUCUAUGUUACAGACCGUACUGAACAAUGAGUUAUUGAACCACAUUGUAACGAACGUUGCAAACGUACAACAUGUUUUAAUCAUAUAAUUUGCUUUCGUCAUAUUCAAACGGUGGAGGGAUUUCUCGAUUCUGAUAGUUCGAUGAGUAAAUGCAAUUUCUACAAUUCGCACAAUUAAAUCAAGCUAGAGUUAUAAUGCAAAAAAUCGAUCGUCUAACAAAUUAUUAUAUAAAGUAAUAAAUGCAUCUUAACGCACUAACAA